CUGCUGCCUGCCUAACACCACGUGCCGGCGGUAUCACUUUCUCUGCCAUAUCGCAAAGGCGGCGAGUGCGCACACAACAUGCCUAAUUCGGUAGACGGAGAUGGAACUUUGGGGGCGAACGAGACUGCAUCUGAGGUCGACAAUGGAAUCAGUGCAAUGCUGGCUCUUAGCGAGCAGGGUUCGGAGUUCGGCGGCGACGGCUUUACAGACUACCAAGACAGUGUUGUGUCUGAGAGAAAAAAGAAUGGCGGCUACCAGUUUUCCGAGAGCGCGAGUGUGGUGAGCCACGCCCCCUCGAUGGAACUCGAUUCCGCUUCGGCAUAUCAGAGCUACGGCCAAGAAGAGGGGGAUACCGGAGGCGUGACGACGGGGUUUGAGGGCCUAAGGUUGGGAGAUGAGCCAAGGGGAGGAGGAGAGGGUGCGAUGAGCAUGUUGGAAGGGGAAGAAGGCGAAAGGGCUGAUGACGACUACGCCAAAGAUGUGGAGGCUCUAGAGUGGGCGUGCCGUUUUUGUGGCAUUCACGAUCCGGCGUGCGUCGUGCGUUGCGUGGAGUCGGGCAAAUGGUUCUGCAACUCUUGCGGCAAUGCAUCUGGCAGCCACAUUAUCCAGCACCUCGUACGCUCGAGAAACAAUCAGGUGUGCUUGCACCCCGACUCUCCCCUGGGCGAGACAAUUCUGGAGUGCUACAAUUGCGGGUCGCGCAAUUUGUUUCUGAUGGGUUUCGUGCCCGCCAAGGCGGAUUCAGUGGUGGUUUUGCUGUGCCGCGUUUGCGUGGAGGGAGCUCCAGGCCUCAAGGACAUGGGGUGGGACCUUUCGGAGUGGCUGCCUCUGGUGCAAGACAGACGUUUUUUGCCGUGGCUCGUCAAGGUGCCUUCGGAACAGCAGCAGAUCGCCAAGUUAGAGGAGUUGUGGAACAAGGAGCCAGAGGCCACGCUAGAGGACCUGGAAAAGCCGGGAAUAGACGACGAGGCUCAGCCGGUGCUGCUGAAGUACGAGGAUGGCUACCACUACCAGAACAUCAUGGCCCCCCUGGUGAAGCUCGAGGCUGACUACGACAAGAGCUCGAAAGAUAGCCAGGGUCAAGACGGUCUGAGCGUGCGAUGGGACCAAGGGCUCAACAAGAAGCACAUCGCGCUGUUCCGUCUGGCGCAGAGCGAGGAGCACAUGGCUAGGAUGACGGCGGGUGACGAGCUGAAGCUUUCGCUAGACCCGGUGGGGCAGCGAGCGUAUGGGAAGCCCUGGGAGGGUUUGGGGCAUGUCCUGCGAAUAGCUGACAGCGAGGUGGCGCUGAUGAUGCUCGGGGGCAUGGUGCCAACCGAAAUCACCGACGGGUACCAGGUGGACUUCGUGUGGAAGGCAGUGUCGUAUGACCGAAUGCAAGUGGCCCUCAAGACCUUUGCGGUGGACGACACGUCGGUAUCGGGCUACAUCUACCACAGGGAGUCAAACACGCGAUUGCCCAUGGUACGGACGUACACGACUAAACCACUUUCCCUUCCCCACGCCACCCGCCUCCGCUACCCAUCUCGCAAACUUGAAAGAUUGCUUGGUCACGAAGUAGAGCCUCAAGUGCUGCGGGUCACGCUCCCCCCCCGCUUCUCCGCGCCGGGGUUGCCGGAGCUCAAUCACUCGCAGUUCACCGCCGUGAAGGCGGUGUUGCAGCGGCCGCUGUCUCUGAUCCAAGGGCCUCCCGGCACAGGCAAGACGGUGACAUCGGCGACUCUGGUGUACCAUCUAGCUCGCCAGGGAAUGGGACAGGUGCUCGUCUGUGCACCUUCCAACGUCGCAGUGGACCACCUGACAGCCAAGAUCAGCGCUACUGGCCUCAGGGUGGUGCGCCUAUGUGCGAAGAGCCGGGAAGCGGUGUCUACGGACGUGGACCAUCUGUCUUUGCACGUGAUGGUCAGAGCGCUGGACACGCCAGACAAGCAGGACCUGCGCAAGCUGCAGCUGCUCAAGGACGAGCUGGGUGAGCUAGUGGCGGCGGAUGAGAAGCGUUUCCGGCGACUUCGGUCCAGCGCGGAACGAGAGAUCUUGCAGGCGGCUGAUGUCAUUUGCACUACCUGUGUGGGAGCUGGUGACCCUCGCCUUAGCAACGUCAACCUGCGCUUCCGACAGGCAAGCAGCAUGCCGUUGCUGAUACACCUUGCUGAUACCGUGUGCGGGACACGUCCAAAAGCGUGUCUCAACAAGUACGAGCAGGUGUCUAGCUUCACAAACGUCGAGUGGGACGCGGUGUUGAUCGACGAGGCAACUCAAGCCAUGGAAGCCGAGUGCCUCAUUCCGAUAGUCAUGGGCGCCAAGCAGCUGGUGCUGGUGGGAGACCACUGUCAACUAGGGCCGGUGGUGCUGUGCAAGAAGUCGUCGAAGGCGGGGCUAACGCAGUCUCUGUUCGAGAGGCUCGUGCUGCUCGGGAUACGACCCGUCCGUCUUCAGGUUCAGUACCGGAUGCACCCUUGUCUGUCGGAGUGGCCGUCCAACAUGUUCUACGAGGGAACACUUCAGAAUGGCGUCACCGAGGGAGAGCGAGUGAUGGACCAGGUAGACUUCCCGUGGCCGGUGCCCUCCAAGCCCAUGUUUUUCCUCAUGACCACGGGAGUCGAGGAGAUCUCGUCGAGCGGGACAUCCUACCUCAACCGCACAGAGGCCACGGCGGUAGAAAAAUGUGUCACGAGGUUCUUGCAGAAGGGCGUCACGCCAGACCAGAUCGGGGUGGUGACCCCCUACGAGGGUCAGCGAUCGUACCUCGUCGACCACCUUCAAAGAACGGGCUCGCUGCGAUCAUCGCUUUACUCGGAGAUCGAGGUGGCCAGCGUGGAUUCCUUCCAGGGCAGGGAGAAGGACCUUAUCUUGCUCACCUGCGUGAGGUCAAACGAGCACCAGGGUAUCGGGUUCCUUUCUGAUCCCCGGCGCCUUAACGUAGCCCUCACGCGUGCUCGCUUCGGGUGCAUCAUCAUCGGGAACCCUCGCAUACUGGCAAAGAACCCUCUCUGGAAUGCUCUCGUGAACUUCUACAAGGACCACGAGUGCCUCGUGGAAGGCCCCUUGGACAACAUGCAGCCGUCGCUCAUGUCCUUUCCGCCCCCGCUCAACAGGCGCAACGAUCAGCGCAGGCUCUACUUCACGGCGCUCGCGCAGGGCACACACGCCGCUGCGAACUCACAGGGGUGA